AUGUGCAUUUAUUACCGAGAGCUGAAUAAGGUAACCAUUAAGAACAAGUAUCCGCUUACAAGAAUUGCUGACCUGUUUUACCAAUUUCAAGGUGCUAGGUAUUUUUUGAAGAUCGAUCUCAGAUCUGGGUAUCAUCAAUUAAGAGUCAAGGAAGAAGAUGUUCCAAAGACAACCUUUCAAACCCGAUAUGGCCAUUACGAGUUUCUCGUUAUGUCCUUUGGCCUAACCAAUGCACCAACAGGCUUUAUGGAUCUGAUGAAUCGGGUGUUCAAUCCAUUCUUGAAUAUCUUUGUGAUUGUAUUUAUAGAUGAUAUUUUGGUGUAUUCUCGAUCCGAAAUUGAGCACGCAAAGCAUUUGUGGGUGGUGUUACACACGCUGCGGCAUCUUAAGUUGUACGCUAAAUUUUCCAAAUGCGAGUUCUGCUUGAACUCAGUAGCUUUUCUUGGGCUUAUAUGCAAAUCUCCUAUCGAUUGGUUUGAGAUUGAUGAAACCAAAUUGUUAGGUCCUGAUUUGGUGCAACAAGCUGUAGAGAAGGUGAAAAUGAUUCAGAAUCGAUUAUUGACUGCUCAAAGCAGAUGGAAAUCCUACUUGGAUAACCAACGUCGAGAUUUAGAGUUUUCUAUGGGAGACUGUGUGUUCUUGAAGGUGUCGCCAAUGAAAGGAGUGAUGAGAUUUGGAAAGAAAGGCAAACAUAGCCCCCGGUAUGUUGGACCAUAUCGGAUUAUUCAGAGAAUCGGCCAAAUGGCUUGUAAGCUUGAGUUUCCCAUGGAAUUGAGAGCAGUGCAUCUGGUAUUUCAUAUGUCCAUGCUUCAUAAGUGCUUGGGUGAUCCAUCUCGUAUUACCCCUAUUGAAGUUGUCCAAGUUAUAGAGGACCUAGCUAAUGAUCAUGGUAUUAUACUCGGAGGCCGUGUUAGCACAGAUUUCAGGUUGAAAGGUCUAAGAAUAGAUGCUGGUUUGCACGAGCAUUUAGGCGUCCUGUACCAGUCUCACCUCCCGAGGUUGGGAAGUGACAAUUUUCCAUUGGUCUUCUCACCUAUUACAGUUCCUAGUCAAUGA